UUGGUGCACUCCAAGGAGGUGCAGAGUGCAGGUGCAUUCAGCUGUCUCGGCCCGGCUCAAUUUGGCUCUGCUUACAAACAAACAGAAAAAAAACAUAAUGGAAUAAUAUUGAUCUUUUCUUUUUGCAUAGUCACUUUUGCACAAACACGUAUUUUUGGAUCGAAUUACUGCGCGGCUACAGAUUUGACAGAGCUAAAUAUAAUCAGUGUCUUGAGGUCACUAGCCUCUGUUUCCUAUUGCAACCGUCAAAAAGCGAGACCCGGUAAACAACUAUGUGGCCAGCUAAACUGCAACUUGGAGAGCACGACGAAGUUCUGGUUGAAAGUGCCCUGGCCGUGAGUCUGCAAGCUGUUCAAGACGCGCCGGAGAAUCCCAUUGAGUGGAUUCAAAAUAAUAGUGCAAAUGUAGAAACCUUUCUCAAGAAGUGUCGAGGAAAUUGGGUGUCCAUCAAGCACAAGAAAAGCGUCAAGUCCGACAAUCAUGAUCGGAACAUUCAGAAAUGGUUUAGAAAGCACAAGGCAUUGAUUGAUAAGAUGACGAGCACUGCCGUCAGCAAGAGGCAGGCAAGCAAAGAAGAGGACGAGAUUGAGGGACAUGUUCGCCUUGAAUUCUUCGACCAGCGGCACCCAGCCCGAAUCUCCAGUUCAAAGAAUGCCAAGCGCCAAAAGUGCAGUGUCGAGCAACAGGUUGUGUUUGUUCCGAAAAACAAGAAAAAAGGGAAAGACUUGCCGAACGUACAGUACACAGACCUCAGCUUCGUUGACAAAAACACAAAUCUACAAGUAAAGUUGGUUAAGGAACCCAACACCAUUCCUGAAAGCGUUGUUCUCAAAGCAAACCUGCCGGCAGAGGCCGAAACAUCGGUUGCUCAGAAGAUGAACUGUCUGACGUCCUCCCUAAUUCAUAUGGCGGUUUCGAGUUUCAGAGAAUCAAAGACUCCUGCUGCCUACAAGGAGCUCACCAAAGAAGCUCGGAAUCAACAUCUAAGCAAGAUGUUUGGUCAUCUCAAGAAAUCUGGAGGGCUUGUCAGUGAGGAGUCUGAAAUCGAAAGAUUCCUUCACUUAGUGGAGAGUAAAGAAAAAAUUAGAAAACAAGCCAAAGAAGAAAAGAUCAAAGAAUCACAUCUAUGGAUCAAGGAGUUCCAGUACAAAAGCGUCCGUGCCAAGCUGGGACGAUGCUGUUUGUGUUCAACUACAAAAUUGAUGAGCUGCUUUCCGAACUUAACCUUGCAAGAUUGGAGUUUUGUUCAAAAGGAGGAUGCACUUCUCGAAAGCGCAUCCUGCAUAAAAUGCAAAAAGGAUACAAACCAUCAACUUCUUUUCAUACUAAGCCACAACUACCUGCUUAUUGAACCUAAGAGCAUUGAGUAUCCCAGGCCUCCUAAAAAGUCCUUCAAAGAUGCUUUGGAUAUGUUCAAAGAAGAAGUCCAGAUUGGGGGUGUUGAUUUCUUUUUCUGCUCAGCCAUGAUGAACUUAUGGAUUGAGAAAUCCAAAGACGAAGAUAUUGUCCACUCCGUAUUGGUAACUAAAAAAAACGGUCGGUUUGAUGUUACCUGUGACUGCCAAGACUUGGAAAAGUGGAGUGUCGAAGAAAAAAACUACAAGUUAGGUUUAUUAGAUAAGAAAGUGUAUACCAAGCUGGUUUUAUACAGAAGAAAGGAAUGAGAAGGAAGAGUUGCCACGGGUGAGCAGAAUUUCGGACACACCCACCCUGUACACCAUCAUCCAAAGAGAGAGUAUCCAAAAUUUUGUUCAUUGACUUAAUUAAUACACUGGUUUCAUAUUAUCAUUUGGCUCCUGCCCUGAUCUGUUACAUAUUUGAAAUUUAUUGAAAACAAUCUGGAA